AUGGCGUUUGCUGGGACAAAUAUCAGUUUGUUCCAACCGGAUAUCACGCAAAAACUAACGGAGCGCAUAGAUGACCUGAAGCAAAAAAUCGCUGCUUGGGGGAAGCGGAUUCGACGAUUUAGCGAGAGGUCAAGGCGGUUCAACCAGAAUCGUCUCUUCCAGAGUGAUCAGAAGAGGCUCUAUAAAUCAUUGGAGCGACCAGAGGUAUGUGGAGCGGGCCCAGGACCGGAUCAGGCCGACACUGUCGCAUUUUGGCGUGGCCUGUGGUCAGAGCCCGUAAACCACAGCGAGGGCCCUUGGAUGGAAGUUGUGGCGAGCCAGAGUGCAAGUGUUACGCCUAUGGACCCCGUCACCAUAACGCCUGAAGACGUGGCUGAGGCGGUCCGUAGGGCCCCGAACUGGAAAAGUCCGGGGCUCGACGGGCUGCAUCAUUACUGGCUGAAGGGGUUCGUAGUGUGUCACGCUGUGCUCGCCCGACAGUUUCAAGAGGCUCUCGACCAGAAGUCGCUCCCGAGCCUCUUCACUACUGGGAUCACUCACUUGGUUCCUAAAGAUCAGGAUACCACAGACCCGAGCAAAUACCGCCCCAUCACGUACACGUAA